AUGAAGGUGCAGGGGCUGGGGGUGGGGGGGAGGGAGCACAGGGCAGAAGGAGCCAGGAAGGCGGAGGUCUGGACCCUGGGAGGGAGUCAGGCACUGGGCCUCUCCUCGGGAGAGGAGUCAGGAGGCCUUCCUGAGUCAACUAUUUGCAACUCUUGUGGCUCCUGUCCCAGCCUCUGCCGAGACCAUCAGCCCAGAACCAAGGGACCAGCCCCUGUAUUACGCUUCUUCAGUGCUUCCCCUUCCCAAAGGGUACUGGACCAGAUACAGGGAGGGACUAGUGAAGAAGGGAGAAGCGCGGGGGGGCCCGGGGGGGGGGGGCCGCGGCGGCUGCGCGGAGGAGCGAGGCGCGCCGGGAACUGCCGGAAGCGCCGCGCAGGCCCAGCAGUUCCCAGUGGGGAGGCACCGUCGCCAUUGCCGCCUCGCCCGGUGAGCGCGUCCGGCUCGCCGAGCAGGGCCCCAGCGGCCGCCGGCACUGUGGGCCAGUGCGGCAUCACCUCCUUGAAGACCGUGCUGGUGUUUCUCAACCUCAUCUUCUGGGGAAAAGCUGGCAUUUUAUGCUAUGUGGGAGCCUAUGUCUUCAUCACUUACGAUGACUAUGACCACUUCUUUGAAGAUGUGUACACUCUCAUCCCUGCUGUCGUGAUCAUAGCUGUGGGAGCCCUGCUUUUCAUUAUUGGGCUAAUUGGCUGCUGCGCCACAAUCCGGGAAAGCCGCUGCGGACUCGCCACAUUUGUCAUCAUCCUACUCUUGGUUUUUGUCCCAGAAGUUGUUGUAGUGGUUUUGGGAUACGUUUACAGAGCAAAGGUGGAAAAUGAGGUUGAUCGCAGCAUUCAGAAAGUGUAUAAGACCUACAACGGAACCAACCCUGAUGCUGCUAGCCGGGCUAUUGAUUAUGUACAGAGACAGCUGCACUGUUGUGGAAUUCACAACUAUUCAGACUGGGAAAAUACAGACUGGUUCAAAGAAACCAAAAACCAGAGUGUCCCUCUUAGCAGCUGCAGAGAGACCGUCAGCAGCUUUAAUGGCAGUCUGGCCCACCCCUCCGACCUCUAUGCUGAGGGGUGUGAGGCUCUAGCUGUGAAGAAGCUGCAAGAAAUGAUGCAUGUUAUCUAGGCAGCGCUGGGCAUGCUGCGUGCAUGCAUCGUAUUGUGCAGGAGUAGAGAUCCUGCUUAUGAGCUCCUCAUCACCGGCAGAACCUACGCAUAGGAGAAAACUCAAGCCUGAGCUUUUUAGUCUUGUUCUGAGUUGGAAGGUGAAUUGAGCAGGUCUACUGCUGUUGGCCUCCUGAGUUCAUUUAGUUAAAGCACACGUACACACGUGUUGGACAGAGCAGCUUGGCUCUUCUUGUGCCCACCUACUUACCUACCCACCUAUGACUUUCUUUUCUCCUGUUCUAGCUGACUCUCCGUGUCCCUAAGUUUUUAAGUAUGGCGGUAAAUGUUCUAAUUUCAGAACCA